AUGGCAACGUCCACGUCCACUCCCACAUCCACGGCCACUGCUAACCUGCGCCUUGCGAUACCAGCAGAUUCGCAGAAAACGUCGUCUUUGCAUUUAUCGCCUCCUCCUGCUGCGACGGCAGAGGACGGACCCCAAGACAGACACCUCAACCUGCCAGCACUGCGCCCAGCUCCAACCUUUACCCUCAGCAAUUAUUUUGGAGAGCGAGUCCAGACCCCUUCCCCCUCCCCCUCCCCUCGUUCGCGCUCGCCUGCUUUCUCAACCACAUCUACAGCUGAAGGAGGGUCAUCGCCAUUAAUUCCCCCGCUGCCUGCGCCGACAUUCAACGGGCGCACGUUCGAAGCUCUCAACUCCACCCCGCCGUCCGUCUCACGCACUCACCGGAGCAACAGCAGUAGCCACAGUCAAUACUAUACCGCCAGUUGGGGAUCCCCCUAUCAGCGUCCUAUCGGGACAUCACACCGUGCCCGCUCCACCCACCGCCACAACUACAGUGGAAGUGAGAGAUCAGAGGAUUCUUCAGUUCGCCAUCUCGAGUUUCACACUCCCUACUUGCGGCCCGCUCCCAACUUCCACAGGACUCGAACAGAGUCAGAUUUUGUCUCACACGACGGCCUCAUCAGCGCUGCCGUCCUUGCAAACAGAGCUCGAAGACCCGCGAGGGGAUUGACAGAAGAUUGGAUACGCCAGCACACGGGAGGAGAAGCUGGAGAAAGUAAUAACUGGCUUAGCGACGACGCUGGAUACAGUGGGCACUCUUCAUUGAGCGGAUCCAUCUCAGGAGGAGAGAAUUGGCUAGCAGAGGACGUGGAUCCCCAAACCCCGACUCUGAAGAGAUUCUUGGAAAUCAGAGAACAAAAUCGCCGAGCACAUCUCGCACACCACCGCACUCAUAGUUCGGAAACCUUGACACAGGCCGAUUAUUCAGAACUCGGGCCCCCCAGCAUGUCAGGAGAGAUGGGCAACGUAGUGUCCUCCGGCGAAGAGGGCACAACCCCUAGGGACGAGAGGCCACCUCCAUUGCCAGCAAAAGACGAACCAAGUAUGGCCACAUAUCUGCAAGUCCCGACGGCACCAUCCCCAGCACCGCAACCACCGCGAUUAAAGAAGAAAGUGCCAUGGAAAGGCAAAAACAUCAUGGUUUUGCUGCCAUGGGAUACUGAACGCGGUACAAAUGGGAAGGCUCCUUCUCCCAUGACGCCAAAACAGGUGGAAACUAUGAUACGACAAUGGCAACAACUUGGAUACGAUACCACUGGCUUCAACCUGGGCUACGCCGAAAACUUGAACGGCGAGCAAGCAGCUCUGGGUCAGAGCUGCAACAUCUGGCCACUUGCGACAGACGUAAUGCAGGAGAGACAACAAAGAUCCUUCAACGUUAACAUACCGGAUAGAAGAGGUAAGAAAUCCCUUUUCAUGAAGUUUUCUUGUAGAAGGUGAAGCAUUCGUGAAAUGUUCUUCGUAAGCCAGGAAUUCAAUUCUCCUUGCAUGUGGAGCCUUUUGGUUUCAUACCUCAUAUUUCCUUAGUAAGACGCGAGCUACCUUUAGCCGGAUCUAGAUUUUUAUUUUUUUGGCGUCUGGUUUAAACACCAAGCCAUAUAUUCCUCAUUAUCAUACUAACACAUCCACCCAGAAUGGGAUGCAUAUGUAGCUGGGCUGCAAGAGGCCAAGCUUCGAGCACUUGGUGUUUCUUUAGGAGACGAAGACCCCCCUCUACCACCACCUACCAAAUCUAAAUCCCCAGCAAUAUUGAGUAAAAGGAAUUCCAUGCAAUACCCCGCUCUACCAUUUUCACCGCCUCUACCUACAUCAUCAGCUUCAAGUAAUUUGGGGCAUCCUCAAAAUCCGUUCUCUCCAGCUUUGAUGGGUGGAAACGGACUUUCCACGACUCAGAGCUCGCACCCUGGUUCAAUUGCUUCACCAGCUUCGAUGCAUGCGCAUUUGCAAGGAAAAUUCAACAACCCUAGACAUCAAUCAGUAUCAUUUAGUCCCGGAGAACAUCCAUUCGGAUCACCUUUCCAGUACCCGCCAACCAGUUCUCCUGGAGUCUGGUCUUCCCAACAGUCCCUCUACCAGCAAGGACACUCACGUGGUGGUUCGCCAUCUAUGCACAAUUUGGGAUCAAUCAUGUCUCCAACCUCACCAUUCGGACAGGAUAGCUACUUUCCACCUGGUGAUAUGAUGGGCCAAAUGCAACAGCGACAACAAUAUUUGCAAAAUCAACUCCAUCAUCAGCAACAAAUACAACUAGGUACUAGGUCUUCUCCACGUCUGCAAGAUUUGCGCGAAGAUGACGAGAUUCCAGAAGUCGAAUCUAAGAGUCCAUCUAAAACCCCCGAGGCACAACAGAUCAAGCACAAUCCUAGUGCUAGCUUGCAAAAGGAAAUUGAUGAUGCAGAGUACCAUCUGGAGGAGCAAUUCCAGCGUCAACUCGAGCAUGAGGAUUACAGCCCCCACUCUGAGCACGCUGAGAAGGAGGCUCGAUUUGCAGAAGAGCCAGUUCAUGCUCGCAAGCCUUCAAUCAUUCAAGGAGGCAUGGGGGCGUCAAGAUAUGCGAUGAACGAUAGCUCUGAGGAGGGUCCGAUUUUGCAUCAUCCGCAGCCACAUACUCGGGGUCACUCCCUUUCACAACAGCCAUUUCAAGAUAGCGCUGAGGACACAUCUAGCGCGGCAGAAUCCAAGCCACGCAAUAGGGGUUCAAAGGUUGAGCUGUCCGAUGUUGAGACGAAUCCCAGUAACUUGGGAACUCCAAUUCCAAGCAACAUCACUUCUGCUAGUGGCCACAACAAAUCGUUCUCGAACUCUAGCAACCCUUGGGCGGUUCCUGAACCUGUGGCAAAGGCAGUUGCCAAGCGACCUGGUCACGUCUCAAAACCUUCAAUGCUCAAUGUUGCUGCUAAGGAGUUUACCUUCAAUCCUUCUAGCACCUUUUCACAAAACCAAUUCUCUUUCGGUGGAAGUGGCUUCCAGCCUCAACCGGCGGCCGCCUUCAGUGCGUUCGCUGCACCAGCCCCACCAACAUCAAAUCAUAUGAGCCGCCAGUCUGUUAGCCAAAUCAAUGCGACAGCACCACCAUUCAACCCAGGGAAAAGUGAAUUCAGUUUCUCGGCCUCUGGGCCAAUUUUCAGACCGGACGUCCCUGCUUUCACACCGACAGCAAGCAAUUUCCCUUCGGACUCGAUGGGAAGUGGUAGUGAGGGCCACAAGGGCUCAAUCUUUGGGAACAUUGAUCUGAGUGCACUUGGAAUCAAGAAGCAACCAAAGAAAUCUAAAGCCAUCCCAAUUAUUCGCCCUGACAGCAAUCAUUCUGACGAUCAGGAAGAGGAGGUCGAGGGCAAAGAUGGUCGUAUUGAUAGAAGUGAGCUUCGUAACAAGAGAGCCAAAGGUGGUAACGAUGAUGGUGACUCGGUACCAUUAUUUGCUGAGCCCAGCAUGCCAUUGGGCGAGACUUUACGUGAACAAUCACCACCUAAGGAAUCUCCAAUGCCUAUGGACAAACCAGCCGAUAAAGAGAACUCGGCACCGGCUGAUGAUUCACUGGUCUCGCCUAUUACCCCUGCCAAGAGCUCGGAUCAAGGUAGUGAAGACGCUGCACCAUUUGAAUUUCAUGAGCAGAAGCAGGCCGAAGAAUUCAAUCCUGCAAGCCCAUUCACUUCUCGUCGGUAUGGCUCCGGUCUUCCAGCAUAUGGAUACCACGCGCAUUCCGAAGAUGAUGAAGUUUCUCCCGUAGAUGAAGAAGAUGACAUGGAGGAAGAGGAACCACCACAAUCUCUUUCCAAGGGACACAAAAAGAGCAACUCUUCCUUAUCUGCAACUGCCAAACCCUUCGAGUUUAGACCGGGCGCGUUUAACUUUACGUUUGGGCAGCCUGCACAAACCGCGACUGCAUUGGUCACCCCGCCAAGUCUUCCUCCUAUGGGUCUGUCCGGGUCAAAAUGGGCAAAGAGUCCAACGCCUCCCGUGUCUACCGGUUCCAUGAACGAUGAUUUGGCCGAUGACCAUCUGGACUCGCCAGAACGCACUGACUUCCAGGCCGCACUACCCCCUGAGAGUCCUCCAAACUACUCCGGUAACACGUUUGAAGAGAUUGAUGAGGUAAUGCGCCAUCUAAAUGAAGCAGAUAACGCUUCUGCUCCAAUCCAGAGUUCUCCAACAUGGCCACAGCUCAGCCCAACAAGAGGAAUCCAAAUGCCCAUGGUGGAUUCGUCGCCAUUACGCCUACAGCCAAACAAUGUGAUGCGCAGUGAUGCACCAAGCCCAAGUCCCGGCAGAUACAUGACGCAAACCGGUCCCAAUCAGGCCUAUUCUCAUGAUCCAUUUUUGGAUGACAGCAUGCAAACAAACUUGCCGUUCGUAUCGCCCUCUCCUAUUCAUCGCCUCAACAGAAGAGAUAGUGCUGCCGCGAGUGACUGGAACGAUGUUCUCAGUGAGUCCGAAGAAGCUAAGCUGCAACCUCGUGCACGCUUCUUUGACAGUCAUGUCAAUGACCUAGUCGGAGGGCUUUUGGCAGAGCGGUUGGAUCCCAUGGAGAGAACUCUUGAAGGUAUUCAAAUCUCCUUGGAGAUGAUGGCGGCCCGUGCCCCGUCAGAUCGCCGUGACCGAAGAAGCGUUUCUGGUGCUCUUAGUGAUGCAGACGAUGAAGAUGAUGAUAAUCCACGACGAUCACAUAGCCCAAGAAGAGACAAGAAGUUGGAGAAGAUGAGAGGUAUCGUUCUUGAUGCUUUAAACACUCACCAGUCUUCAAGACCGGCCACCGCAACACAACAGCUUGAUCCUCGCAAUAUCCUUCAUAUCUUGGAAGAGAUGAAGGAACAAUUUGGCCAAUCUAUGCGAUUGGAUCUACGCGGGGAGGAUCUUCGUAAUGUUGUUGAAGAAGUCCUUGAGAGACAUAUGCCAGCAGCACCAGUUCGGGAUGAUGCGGCUAUUGUCAGAGAGUCCGAACAACGCGCAAGAAUUGCCAGUCUUGAGGAGCAAUUGAAAGCCGUUGGGUCGAAGCCAGUUUUCGAUGAAGCUGCCAUCACUCGGGACGCGGAGCAGAAGGCCAGAAUCACCCACCUUGAGGAGCAACUGCGCGUUGCAGAAUCCAAGCCACUCUUUGAUGCCGCGGCAGCACAACGAGAGACUGAUCAAAAGGCCAGAAUCUCAGAACUAGAGGACAGACUUCGUGGUUCGGUGAACAAUGCUGAAAAUGAGAUCGCAAGCCGACGAGCAGCGGAAGAUCGUCUGGCUGAGGUUCAAAGACUUCUCAGAAUCUCCUCCGAGGAAGAGGUUCGUCUCCGUGAGGCCAUGGACGAGCGCGAAAUCAAGAUUCGCCAAAUUGUGGAGGAAAGAGACCAGAAGGUAAGAAGCGUUGAAGACGCCAGAGCCAAGACUACGAUGAGAAUUGCCCUUCUCGAGGCCGGCCAAAGUAAUGCCCAGAAGGCACAAUUGGACCUUCAAACUCGCAUUAAUAUCACCGAGAGCGAAUUACAGCAAUCUCGACAGGAAUCUCAACACUGGAAAUUUGAGGCCGAACGCGCCGUGGAGGCCGCUAGACGACACAACGAGGAUGCCGAGCAGGCCAACGAGACCAACAAGGACUUGAGACGGACCAUCGAUAGCCUAAGGACUCAGAUGGAGGAAAGUAUCCGAGUCCGAGAAAGCAUGAGAGGAAAAUUAAUAGCUUUGCAGGAGGAUAUCAGCCGUGCUGCCCGCGACAUCUCCGAAGAAAACUCCAAACGCGCCAAAAAGGAACAGGAACUCAUUGCCCGACAGGAGGUACUCGACGCCAAACUCCAGGCUGAAGCUCGCACCCGGGAACGAUUGGAACUGGAAAUCGAGCGCUUGGAAGGUGGUGAACGGGAGGGCAUGAGAGCUGUCAAUGAUCUCAAGAAAUUGGAGAUCGUGGUUGCUGAGCUCCGUGAGGAGAGCCACAUUGCUCAGAAGGAGGCUAUGCGUUAUCAACGAGAGUUUGAAGAGGCUCGGGAAUCGGGAAUGAGCGAGGUUCAGAGAACCAGGCAUUACAUGCAAGCCGAAAUCGAAUCUGCUAACAACCAGGUCAAUGUUGUUCGAGAGGAUCUGGAGAAUCAAGUCUUGAGGCUGCGUGCGGAGAUUGAUCAAGUCAGAUUGGAUGCAGAUACGACCAAGGAAAAGCAUGAGAUGUUGCUUGAGGAAGCCAACAAUACAAAGGCUGCAGCUAUCAAUGAUCUCAUUCAAAAACACUCAGACACUCUCGAGGACCUUCACGCCCAACAUGAACGGCAACUUGGAAAUGCCAUCGAAGAUGCUCAACGUUCGGAACAGCAUUUGCUUGAACGCUUGUCAUUGUCAGGAGCCAAGACGGAGCAUCUCCAAGAUCGUGUUCAGCACUUGGAAGAAAAACUGGAGAUUGCCAACCAAGCAGCAAAAGCCGCGGUGAAGGCCGCUCGUUCCGCGGGUGUACCUGCAUCCGCGGCCCCAAGUGCUUCCGCGAGAAACACACACGAACCCGGCUCAAAAAGCAUGCACUUGCCCGAGAAGAUCUCACCACAAGCCUUGCGAGAGUCUAUCAUGGUUCUUCAAGAGCAGCUUCAAGACCGAGAGCAGAAGAUUGAGAAGCUCGAGUCUGCUCUGUCCAAUGUCGACCCAGAUGCCGCGACCAAGAUCACCAAGCGUGAUGACGAAAUCAUGUGGCUCCGAGAGCUCCUAUCUGUUCGCAAGGGUGACCUACAGGAUAUCGUCGCCACGCUCUCUACCGACCAGUACGACCCUGAGCAGAUCAAGGAUGCUGCCAUUCGUUUGAGCGCAAAUCUCCAGAUGGAAGAACAAGAACGCGAGCGUGCCAUGAAUGGAGGCUCAGCCAUCAAACUCCCUAAUAUCGCAGCCAGUCUUCGAGAUGCAGCAACUCCAAGGGUAGCCCAGGCUGUUGGUCCAAUAGCCGCAGCCUGGGGCAAUUGGCGAAAGUCCAGAGACCCUACUGCGCAGCACCAACGAAGUGGUUCCUCAACACCUACUUUGAGAAACAAUAGUUCCAGUAACCAGGGUUUCCUCUCUGGUCUCAUGACCCCGCCUUCCGCCGUAGCUGCCCGUCAAGACCUAAGCAACGGUAUUGGAUCCUCUAGACAAUCACAGCCCACAGCUUUUGGUAGUACAGGUCAACGCUUCACCAACGCACAACUUGCCAACCGAUCACGGGGGAUGAGUUCUCAUUCCCGAGUUGUAGAUAAUUAUGGCGGUCCCUCCGAGACGAGAAGUAGUCCACGGAAGGAAAUGGGUAUGGGCAUUCGCGACGCCAGGGCGUUUCAACCCACUCAGCCGAGUACACCGCCGAUGAUGAGGAAGAGCAGUUAUGAUGCUGAUGCCCGACCGGCGGAGGAUUUCAGUGACGCGGGGUUCUAUGAUGAUGAUGAGAGUGAGAAUACGGGGGACGGGAGUCUUUAUAGUUUGUCUAGACGAUAGAUGGAUGUAGAAGGGAGUGUAAAAAGGGAUUUCUUUUUGUUUAAUGUAAUGAGAAUGUGGGUAGAUUGAGUGUGUUGGAUAAUGAGAAGGGAUUUGAAGAAGUGGAUAUAGGAAUGCCAAGUGUGGAAGGAUGAAGAACGUUAUUAUAGAUUGGAUCUUUGAGAUUUCCUUUUCUUGGCUUUUUUUUACUUUUUUACUUUUUUUAUUUUGAUACCCGUUGUCUUGUUUUGGCUUUUUGCUACUGGUAGUUUUUGGAUACUGCCUACUCACACUCCUUUUACUUUUCCUUUGUUUGGUGUUUUUGUGUGUGUGUAUGUGUGUUUUUGUGUACCUACUUAUUUUGGGGGAAUCGUGGGGUUUAUGUGUAUGUAGGGAACUAUUGUUGGUAAUUACCUCUAAUAUUUGAAUUAUUUGGAAUAGAGAUUUACAGCUUGUGCCACAGGGUUCUCGUGAAGCACGUACUUGGAUUGUGUGGCUUUUGAAGGAGUGUGGGUCGGGAU